CCCCUCUUCUCGAAUGCACUUGGAUGACGUCGACGCGUACACCCGUCACCAACCGCAACACAGCAUCGCAUCAAGCUACCAUAAAUGGCGUGCAAUUGGCCCAGGAACCAACUGCAUUAGGAUCGCGCGGCCAUGUCACUGCCGGCAUGGUGGACUUGUGAGAUAGGGGACGAGGCGGAAGCGGGCAGCGGGGUUGACGGCUGUCAAAUACGCGCGUGGAGGCAGUCGCAAUCGUGCAUACGAUGAAGAUGGAGAAGCUGCAGACCUUGCUGAUUGCUAACCGAGGAGAAAUUGCAGUUCGAAUUUGUAGGACCGCAAAGAAGUUGGGAGUGAAGACCAUCGCGAUCUACUCAGAAGCUGAUGCAGCAUCACAACAUGUGGGAGAUGCCGACGAGGCUGUGCUUUUGCCCGGCAGCAACGCGACUGCCUACACAGACGAGGAGGCAAUACUAAAGAUCGCGAAAGAAAACAACGCAGACGCCCUCAUUCCCGGCUACGGCUUCCUCUCAGAGAACGCACCUUUCGCACGACGAGUUGGUGAUGCAGGUCUCGUAUGGGUUGGACCUUCCCCUGAGGCCAUCGAAGCAUUCGGCGUCAAGCACACAGCAAGAGACUUAGCAGCCAAAGCUGACGUUCCCAUCGUGCCCGGCACCAAAGGACUCGUCAAAGAUGAGGAAGAUGCUGCAAAAGAGGCGGAACAGAUAGGCUUCCCUGUCAUGCUCAAGGCAACAGGUGGCGGCGGAGGCAUGGGUCUCAUCACUUGCAAUAACAUCAAGGAAGUGCGUGAGGGCUUCAAGAUGGUGCAGUCGCGAGGACAGACGCUUUUCAAGAACCCUGGCGUGUUCAUCGAGAGAUACUUCCCAGCUAGCCAUCACAUCGAAGUACAAGUCUUUGGCAACGGGCUGGGUCAAGCCGUACACUUCGGUGAGCGCGAGUGCUCGAUCCAGAGACGACACCAGAAGGUCAUUGAGGAGUGUCCGAGUCCGUUCAUCGAAAGACAUCCGGAGCUACGCCAGAAGCUGGGUGACGCCGCUGUUCGACUGUCAGAGUCCAUCAUGUACGGGUCAGCCGGAACUGUUGAGUACCUUGUAGACGACAAAUCGGGCGACUUCUUCUUUCUGGAGAUGAAUACACGUCUUCAGGUAGAGCACGGCAUCACUGAGCUCUGCUACGAUGUCGACCUGGUUCAGCUGAUGUUGAGGCAGGCAGACGCUCAGCUUGCUAGAAAGGGUGGCAUAGAAGGAUCAACUCUGAAGCAGAUGCAGCCUUCAAAGCCAACUGGUGCAGCGAUCGAGGCUCGGGUCUAUGCAGAAAAUCCUUUGCGAGACUAUGCACCAUCUCCGGGUUUGCUGCAGAAAGUGGAGUGGAAAAACGUAUCUGGUAGCCGCAUUGAUACGUGGGUUUUUACGGGCUCGCGCAUUACACCCAAUUACGACCCUUUGAUAGCGAAGGCAAUGGCCCAUUCGCAAUCCAGAAGCGAGGCCAUCUCUUGGAUGAAAGAGCUCUUGACUGGUUCGUUGAUCUCAGGGCCGCCCACCAACCUGGAGUUCUUGGUACAGAUAUUGGAUGACCAGAGGGUUGCUUCUGGAGAGACAAUGACCAGCUUCCUGGGGGAUUUCAAAUUCGCCCCGCAUGCGAUAGAUGUCAUCUCAGCUGGUGCAUACACUCUCAUCCAAGAUCUUCCAGGGAGACCGACUGUUGGCAAGGGCAUACCGCAUUCUGGACCUAUGGACCCUAUGGCCUUCCAGGUCGCAAACAUGCUGGUAGGUAAUGCUCGCGGGACUGAAGGUCUAGAGAUCACGUUAAGCGGACCUGAGCUCCGGUUUGUUGGACCUGCUAUUGUUGCUCUUUGCGGUGCACCUAUGGAAGCAACGUUGGAUGGAGAGGAAUUUCCAAUGUGGACCAACGUCAAGAUCGGAGCUGGGCAAAGACUCAAAAUCGGCAAGACUACUGCGGGAGGCUGUCGUUCGUACCUCGCAAUCUAUGGUGGCUUGCCAGCGGUGGCUGACUAUUUCGGUUCGAAGUCUACCUCUCCGUUGGUGGCGAUUGGUGGUUACCAAGGUCGGCAAUUGGCACCUGGAGACUUACUUCAGAUCAGGGCGGAUCUACCCACAGACAUCGAGACUGUCACACUGCCAGAACGCCUGCGACUUAGCUACAAGACAGAUUGGGAGAUCUCAGCGAUGGUAGGCCCACAUGAUGAAGGAUACUUUGCGCCAGAAGACAUCCGGAUGAUCUACGAAACAAAAUGGAAGGUCUCACACAACGCAUCUCGCAGCGGAAUACGACUCGUUGGUCCUGUACCUAAGUGGGCACGAAAAGACGGCGGUGAAGGGGGCGCGCAUCCUAGCAACUUAGUCGAGUACGGUUAUCCUCUGGGUACACUAAACUGGACGGGCGAUGAUCCUUGCAUUUUUCCUGUCGACUGUCCCAACUUUGGCGGAUUCACAAGCAGUACGACCGUGGUCAAGGCUGACUGGUGGAAGCUCGGACAGCUAAAAGCUGGCAAUACGCUGAAGUACGUCAGAAUUGGCCUCGAAGAUGCCCUCAGGAAGAGGAAGCGCAACGAUAACUUCCUGGACUCGAUCGAGAAAGCUAUCGAGAGUAAGAGUGACUUCGAUGAGAUCGAUAACCUACAAGUUGGACAUGUGGACUUUCAUCAAGGUGAGAUCGGCAAGGCGGUCAUCUGGGAGAAAGCAGCUACAACAAGCACUCCUCAAGUGCGGUAUCGCCAGGGUGGCGACGAUCAUCUUCUUGUUGAGUACGGCAACGAAUCCUUUGACCUCAACCAUCGAUGCCGUGUUACUGCGCUCGAAAAUGCUCUGAACUCUUCAGAAACUCCCGAAAGUAUAAAGGGCAACCUCCUCAACACGGUUGGCUGCUGCACAACGCUUCUGAUCUACUACAAUGGUGCCAAGCUACCUCGAUCUGAGCUCGUAUCGCGUUUGCAGAAGAUCGAAGAAGGUUUCGGUGAUCUCCGUUCGACCAAGGUGCCCACACGAAUUUUCAAGCUCCCCAUUAGCUUCGAGUCGAAGCUUCAAGACGAGGCUACCCAGCGCUACAUGACCAAUCAACGUCCACACGCUCCCUAUCUCCCUGACAACUUAUUGUUCGUUGCUAAGAAUAAUGCCUUUACCCCUCAACAGCUAAAAGACAUCUAUCUAACUGGGCAGUUCAUGGCGGUUGUUGUAGGUUUCUUCUGUGGAAAUACUGUGUCACUGCCAAUUGACCCCCGACAACGUAUGAAUGCGCCGAAGAUGAACCCUUCACGUGUAUUUACACCAGAGGGCACAGUUGGUUGGGCAGGAAGCUGCAUGUCAAUCUACCCUGUCGACUCGCCUGGAGGGUAUCAGAUGACUGGCCGAACCGUGCCAUGCUUUGACUACUACGCGCAAAAGCCAGGCUUCACAAACCCUUGGAUUUUCAGAGAUUUCGAUAUUCUGACCUACUAUCAAGUCAGUGAAGAGGAGCUUAAUGAUAUGCUCGGCAAGUUCAGAGCCGGAAAAUUCAAAUUCGAGUACGAGGACGUUGAGUUCGAUAUGGCAGAUCACAACAAGAUGCUUCAGGACAGCGCUGAGGAAGUCAAGAAGAUACGCGCAAAGCAGGCCGAAGCUCAAGAAGAGAUGACAAAAGCUGAGAACGAGUCAUUUGAGCGUUGGCAGAAGGAAAGGGCUGAGAGCCAGGUCGACGAGUCUACUGUCGAGAAACUGCUGGAUGAUCCUAACAUCACCUCCGUCGAAGCGCCUGUGGAUGCCAAUGUCUGGAAAGUAGAAGUGAAGGAGGGUGAUGUGGUUGAAGAUGGUAGUGUGAUCGUCAUUCUUGAAGCCAUGAAACUGGAAAUUGCGGUCAAGACACCCGAUGCGGCUAUAGCGGCUAACGCCAAGUUACGGGUCGAGAAGCUGCUUGUCAAGCCAGGUGAUACGGUGACAGCGGGCGGACACCUCGCAUUGUUGAAGAAAUAGUAAGAGUUUUGUGGAUGAGUGGAAACUUGUAAACUGGAUUUGUUCCCUGUGUCUGGACACAUCAGUCGAUUACGAGUCCGUGUUCUUACAAACGUAAUGUCAUAUCAAACAACAAGCGACCCUCGACAUGAUUUAUAUUGCCUGCUGAUGAAAUCAGGACUGGCAGAAAUCCUGCUCCUUCAACUUGAAGUGCAGGUCCCAAACGUCCAGAAAUUUCUUCCGAGGAUGUGGAUGAAAAACCAGUCCCGGAUACAUCCUUAACCGCCGCAACUCGUCCCCGUUGCGGCGU